AUGAGUCUUCACUGCUGUGACUACACAUUCUCCUACCUGCUGUUACCAAAGAAAGUCAGGAAGGAUCAUGCUGGGGAUAACCAGGGGUGCAAUCUCCUGAACAAUAUUCAGGUCCCAGGGGAGGAAAUGAGCCUAGAGAGUGCACAGGUUGCCAUUCUUGAAGCAGUGGAGGCAGAGGACACUGCCAACAUUUCAGGGGAGGUAUCUGAUGAAGGAACACAAAGCUCUCCCCAGAGUUCUCAAAGAGCCUCCACUUUUCCCCCUUUUAUGGGCUCCACUGCAGGGGUACCAUCUGGUGAGGCUUCUGCGAACCAAAUAGAGGAUGUGGAAGACACUUAUUUCCCCUCAGAGGCUACAUUAAAUACAAAAAUAAUUGAGUUGCUGCGAUUCCUGUUCCUCAAGUAUCACAGGAAGCAGCUAGUCAGUGAGACAGAUAUGCAGGAUAUGAUUGUUAGAAAUUAAAAGGAGUACUACCCUAUGAUCUUCAAUAAGGCAUAUGAGUGCAUGAAGCUGAUCUUUGGCAUUGACAUGAUAGAAGUAGAUCCUGAUGAUCACUCCUAUAUCCUUGUCACUGCCCUGGGGAUCACUUACGAUGGGUUGCUGCAUGGUGCUCAGGGCAUACCCAAGACAGGCCUGUCAAUAAUCAUUCUUGGCAUCAUCUUCAUAUAGAACAACUGUAUCAAUGAGGAGAGAUUCUGGCAUGUAUUGAAUAAAGUGGGGCUGUAUGCUGAGCAGUAUCAUUCCAUAUUUGGGGAGAUCAGGAAACUAAUUUUUGAGGAUUUUGUGCAGGAAUGGUACCUGCAAUAUAGGCAGGUUCCUGGCAGAAACCCUCCUUGCCAUGAUUUCCUGUGGGGCCCACAGGUCUAUGUUGAAACCACCAAGAUGAACAUCUUGACCUUUUUUUCUAGGGUCACUAGGAGAAAUCCCAGAUCCUAUGGCACCAAGUAUGCAGAGCUUUUUUUUAUGAACAGUUAG